UUUCAUUACGGAUAGGAGGAGAUAAAUAUUAACGAAGAAAGCUCCAGCGAGGAGGGCAAUGAUGAUGCUCAGCUCAACAACUCUUCAAACUCCCUUCACUUUCACCAAUACCACCUCUUUAUCUCUGCAAAACCCUAACAAAACCCAUAGACUGCAAUUCCUCUCUCGUUACUCUCCAACCCAAUCUUCAUUUUUCAGAUUUUGUAUUCGCAAUGCCUCAUUCGUGUCUUCUUCACAGUACUCCCAAAAAACCCAUAUCUUUUGUGAUUCAAUAUUGGAUAAAAGAGUCAAGGAUUGGCGUGUGUCUGCUCUAAACAAAGGUGAUGGCGAUGACGGGGAGGAUGAGGAAUAUUCUUCGCCGUUUGAGUGGAUGGAGACGUGGAUGGAGAACAAGCCGACUGGGUUUGGUGAAGGGAAGGUAUAUGAUACUUCUAUUGAAGACGCGCUGGUUGAAGAAAUUGAGCAUAGUAGGCGAGUACAGCUUGCCAAUGUCAAUAAGCUCAAGCACAAUCCUAUCCUGCCUGGACCCAAGAAAGAUGGUACGAAAAAGAAAGGGAAUAAGAACCAUUCAAAAGAUCCAGAAAAUGGGAGCAUAACAUCCUCAAAGCAAAUAUCUGCAGUCAUUCCUAGUGGAGUUCGUGUUCGUAUAAUCAACCUUCCAAAGAAAAGGAACAUACAAAGAGAUCUGAAAUCAGCUUUUAAGGGCGUCCAUGGUAUACUUAACAUAACCCCAGCCGUUUCUGGAAAUAAGAAGACUAGAGAUCCUAUUUGUAAAGGCUUUGCUUUUGUUGACUUGAAGGCUGAGGAGGAUGCAACAAGGUUUAUACACUCAUUUUCCGGACAAAGUAUUGUUUUUGGUAAGAUGCAGAAGCAGAUAAAAUGUGAAAUUGUGAAUUCUUCUUCACCAAACUCUGUUAGUGAAAAUUUUGCCAAGAACACCUAUGAUGAGCCUAAGCCAGUUGUUCCUAGCUUGGAACAGGAACCAUACAUCGUCUUGGAUGUGGAUGAGUCUUCAGUCAAUUUACGGAUGGAAGCUGCAUCCGAUGAAUCAGACGAGUCACCUGAUGACCUUGAUAUUGAGAAACUAGAUGAUGUCAGGGAGAAUGUGGAAUUUGUCACCGCAUCUGAGGGCAAUACUGGUUCAUCUCCAGCAAAUCGGCCGGAGGGAAUAGAUGCACUUGACAACAAGGUAUCUGCUAAAGAAAGUAAAGAGAAAUUUAUGAUGUCUGACAAUUUAGAGUCCUCUGAUCCGUUGGAGAGAAUCAAGGCACUCGAGGAAAGGUUACUUGCCAGAGAGAAGGCAUUUUUGAAAAAGUCGCGCACCAAAGCGAUGGAGGAGAAUGAUACAAUAUUAGAAGUUCCAGGAUCCUCGAACAAGCAGAAGAAAGUCCAGGCUCCUCGGAAAAAGCUAGUAGCUGCAAAAGACAAAGUAAAGAAGGGUCCUCCAGUGUUGGAAGCUUCAGGAUCUUCUAAAAGGCUAAAGAUCAAGGAGAAGGCUAUGCUAACUGAUGUGUUGUCCAGAUAUGGAGCAAAAUCUGCUUUGGCUGGAAAAGAAAAGAGCUAAUCAGUGAAACUGUGGAUGAUCCAGGAGUUGCUAAAAUGGAGAUUUGAGGCCAUUAGACUAGUUUAAACUACUGCACAAGAAUCAUAGAUGAUCUUCAUGAAUAUCAUUUUUUUAAAGUUCUCUGUAAACAACAAAUAUGAAAAUAGUACAAUGUUAUCUUCUUCAAUUGCUUCCAA